AUGUCACUCCCCCAAACCUACAAAGCAAUGGUCACCCUCGAGGCCGGCGCCCCCUUCACCCUCAAAGAGCUCCCCCUGCAGCGCCCCGGCCCCAACCAAGUCCUCGUCAAGGUCCUCGCCUGCGGCGUCUGCUUCUCCGACGUCGCCGUCAUCUCGGGCCACGUCGGCCCCGUGUUCCCCCGCGUCACGGGCCACGAGCUGGUCGGCGACGUCGUGGCCGUGGGCGAAAACGUGACGCGCAUCGCAGUCGGCCAACGGGUCGGCGGGCCGUGGCACGGCGGCCAUGACGGGACGUGUCGGCAGUGCCAGCGCUCGCAGUUUCAGUAUUGCGAGAACCAGGCCGUCAACGGGGUCAGCCAUGACGGCGGCUACGCAGAAUACGUCCUGCUCCGCGCCGAAGCCGCCGUUCGCGUGCCCAAGGAGGUCGACGCAGCGGAAAUUGCACCGUUCCUGUGCGCGGGAGUAACCGUCUUCAACGGAAUCCGCAAGCUGCACGUCGAGCAGGGCGGCAUCGUCGUGGUCAACGGGCUCGGCGGCCUCGGCCACCUCGCAGUCCAGUACGCCAACAAGAUGGGCUACGAAGUCAUUGCCCUCUCCUCCGGCGACGACAAGGCCAAUUUCGCAAAGGACCUCGGCGCGCACCACUACAUUAACACCAAGGCCUCGGACGCCGUCGCCGAGAUCCUCAAGCUAGGCGGGGCCGACAUCAUUGUGCAGACGGCCCCCGAUGCCGAGACGCUGAGCGCCCUCGUCAAGGCGCUGGCGCCGGGGGGGAAGCUGCUGAACCUGUCCCUCAUGGGGCCGGUGCCCAUCGACACGACAUCGCUGGUGAUGAAGGGGUCGAGCGUCCACGGCUGGGCGAGCGGGCACGCGAUUGAUAGCGAGGAGGCGAUUCAGUUUGCCGUCAGGCACGGGAUCCGGUGCAUGAUCCAGCGGUACCCGUUGGCGGAGGCGCAGAAGGCGGUGGAGGACUUGAUUGCGGGAAAGCCGCGGUUCAGGAACGUGCUGGUGAUGGAUGAGUGA